GCAUAAGACAAGCAGAAGAAAGGAGAAGAAGAAGAAGAAAGGAGUAAAUAUUAGUAGCAGAGAAACCCGCAGAUCUUGUUCCAUUCUCUCUCACUCACCUCUCAAAUUCUUCUCUUCUUCAAUUCAAAAAAAGAAAAAAGAGAAAAAAUUCACUCCAAAAUUAGCUUCGAACAAUCAACGAAAAAACGAAACUGGAAUUCUUCUGAUUCUUCGCUUUUCCUUUCCAUUUCCAAUUUCAACUGCGAAGCGGCGUCGUUUUUGCAGCUGGGUGUUUUGUGAUGGGGGUAAAGUUUUGAGCUUUGGACCCAACAGUAAUUAAAGUUUGUUUUGUUUUUAGUUUCUGUGAAUUGCUGGGAAUAACGUGAUUUCGAAGCUAAUAAAAAUGGAAACUUGGUCGUCGGUGGACACGGUGGUGGAAGAAAUAAUGAGGAUUCACAGAUCCUUACCUUCUAGACCCGCCAUUGACGAGGUUGAAGCUGCAAAGGUUCUGAUUCUGAACGUUGACAAAGAGGACCAAGCGAGAAUUGAAUCCAUUUCCAGGCAGAGUAAGGGUCCCGAAGUGCCUGAAGAGCUUUUCAUGGUGCUGCAAGAGAUGCAGAGAAGCUUGGUUUAUUAUCAUAGCAAGGAGCAGAAGAGGGAAGCACUGAAGCUACUUGAUCUCGAGAAUGUCCACUCUCUGUUCGACGAAUUGAUUCAGAGAGCUUCAAGGUGUGUUUCUUCCAGUCCCUCUGCUUCUAACACUUCGGAUUCAAGGAAGCAUGGUUACUCCAAUGGCUCCGCUUCAACUGCUUCUGUUUCGACGAGCUUUGCGGCGCAGAGUUCGGCGUCUGCUUCGGGUUCUAAGGCCGGUUUUGACGCCCUUCCGAGCUCUUCUGCUGCUGGUUCUUCUAUAUUGUUCCGUGCGGAGAAGGAGCUUGGGAAGGCUAAGGAGUUGGUAACAAGAGAUGAUAGUUAUGUGAAGAAUUCAAAGUCUACAUUCUACUCUAAUGGAUUUGGAAUUGAAUCAAGUUUACCAUCCAAGCCUCAGAUAUUGGAUCCAUCUCUGAAAGCCACGACAAGUGCAGGCCAAGAUGGUAGUGAUAAGUUAAGUUUGAUCAAACUUGCUAGUUUAAUUGAGGUCUCUGCAAAGAAAGGUACUCGUGAUCUCAAGCUGCAGAACAAACUGAAGGACCAGGUUGAUUGGUUGCCUGAUUCGAUAGGGAAGUUGUCGAGUUUGGUCACACUUGAUUUAUCCGAGAACCGGAUUACGGCCCUACCUGCCACCAUUGGGGGCCUUUCAUCCUUGACCAGAUUGGACCUGCAUUCGAAUAGGAUCACUGAGCUCCCGGAUUCUAUUGGAGGUCUCCUCAGCUUGGUCUUUCUUGAUUUGAGGGGAAACCAGUUAACAUCACUGCCUGCUUCUUUUGGCAGAUUGAUACGGCUUGAGGAGCUCGAUUUGAGUUCGAAUAUGCUUCCAGUGCUUCCCGAUACCAUAGGGUCACUUGUUAGCCUAAAAAUAUUGAAUGUGGAGGCAAAUGAUAUAGAAGAAAUUCCACAUUCUAUUGGUAACUGUACCAAGCUUAGAGAGCUUCGUGCCGAUUACAAUCGUCUGAAGGCCCUGCCGGAAGCUGUAGGAAAGAUUCAGAGUCUGGAGAUUUUGUCUGUCCGGUACAAUAACCUCAAGCAACUACCUACAACAAUGUCGUCUCUAAUAAACCUGAAGGAACUUGAUGUGAGUUUCAAUGAGCUCGAGUCAGUACCGGAGAGCUUAUGUUUCGCGACCUCUCUUGUCAAGAUGAACAUAGGAAACAAUUUCGCUGACAUGAGAUCCUUACCAAGAUCUAUUGGGAACCUUGAAAUGCUCGAGGAACUGGAUAUCAGUAACAAUCAGAUACGAGUCCUUCCGGACUCAUUUAGGAUGCUCACACGACUACGCGUCCUGCGAGUGGAAGAGAAUCCUCUUGAAGUUCCACCAAGACAUAUAGCUGAAAAGGGGGCACAGGCUGUUGUGGAGUACAUGACUGAGCUAGUGGAGAAGAGGGAUAAGAAAGAUGUAAAAACCCAGCCACUUAAGCAGAAAAAGAGCUGGGCUCAGAUCUGCUUCUUUUCCAAUUCUAACAAAAGAAAGCGUGAUGGAGUUAAUUAUGUGAAAACCUGAAAUGAUUUUUUAAUCACACCAUUGUUGGCAUGCAACAGAUCCCUUGAUUGUAUCUGUUGUUCUGUUUGUAUCAGGUUCCCUGGUUGUGACAUGGCUGGAUUUCUUCUGGAGGGAAUGAUACAAUGGCUGCUGAUAUCUUCUGUUUUCCCAUUUGAGAAAGAUGUGAAGUGAAGGGCAAAAAGGAAAGAAAAAAGGGACAUAGAUAUCUGUCAUUUGCAGUCAGUAACCUGAGCAAGACAAAGGGAAUGGUACAACAAGAAUGAAUUGGCAAAUUUCAUUUGCAAAUUUGCUUUGACUUGGCUGCACAAAAUUGUAGUAUAUUUUCUGAUUAUUUUUUCUUUUUCUUUUUCUUUAUUUUUGUAUAAUUUGAUUUUUCAAUUUUAUCUCAUUUGUAUUUGUUGUGUAAGUGUUGUCUUGAAAGCAUAAUUUGUCAAAAAGAAAAGUGUACAAUAGGCAAAAUGGGAGGGUAGUUGGGGGAGAACCGAGGUUGAUUAUGUACUAUGUCUGUGUCUGAAUCUGUGUCUAUCUAUGUAUUUGUGUCCUCAAAUUGUUGUUUCACAUUCACUCUCAGCUGUUAAAUGAAUAACAUUUACCUUUAUGCCACUCA